AUCGUAAUACUUGAAGAAAAUAAUAGCGUUGACAGGUCGGGGGUACAGCAUUAGAGACUCAGAACCUACAUCAGAUUCCAGCGCUAGUUGUUAAUUAAAGACCGGUUUAAAACAUGAAAGAUGUCCCGGGAUAUUUGGUUCUUCAACAGAGCACGAGCGCUAGCCCUGAAAUGGCGGCACAGUGGCACGAGCUUGAAGAUUUGUACAACAGAAAAUUGUGGCAUCAGUUAACGCUGAAGUUGACAGAGUUUGUGAAAGACCCUUAUUUUAAAACUGGAGACACUCUUAUCCAGCUCUAUGAAAACUUUCUCAGUGAUUUUGAGCACAGAAUAAACCCCCUCUCUCUGAUGGAAAUUAUACUCUAUGUUAUUAGACAAAUCACAGACCCAAAUGAUGCAAUUACCUUUCUUGAGAAGACCAAAGAAAAGGUGAAGAGCAGUGACGAAGCUGUAAUCUUGUGCAAAACAGCUAUCGGGUGUCUGAAAUUAGAGAUCAAUGACCUCGCUACGACUAAGAAACUGAUAGAGGAAGUGGAAGAGAUGCUUAAUAAUUUGCCUGGCGUAACAUCAGUCCACGGGCGUUUCUAUGAUUUAUCCAGCAAGUACUAUCGAUUUGUGGGAAACCACGCGCUGUACUACAAGGAUGCGCUGAGAUAUCUCGGCUGCAUAGACAUAAAAGAUUUAUCUGAGACGGAGAAACAGGAGAGAGCGUUUACACUGGGGCUCGCGGGACUGCUCGGCGAGGGAGUGUAUAAUUUUGGAGAACUCCUGAUGCACCCAGUGUUGGAGUCUUUAAGAAACACGGACAAGCAGUGGCUUAUAGAAACGCUGUGCGGCUUCAACAGUGGCAACGUCAUCAAGUUCAAGUCUUUAAAGUCAGCCUGGGGUCAGCAGCCAGAUCUUGCAGCUCAUGAGGUCAAACUGAUGCAGAAGAUUCAGCUACUCUGUGUAAUGGAGAUGACUUUUACACGGCCCACCAAUAACAGACAGCUCUCAUUCCAGGAAAUUGCACAGCGCGCCCAAAUCCCAGCGAGCGAGGUGGAGCCGCUCAUGAUGAAAGCACUCUCAGUUGGAUUGAUAAAAGGCAGCAUUGAUGAAGUGGAUCAGACUGUUCAGAUGACAUGGGUUCAGCCAAGAGUACUCGAUUUACACCAGAUUAAGGGCAUGAACGAGCGGCUGGACUUGUGGUGUAAAGACGUGAAGAACAUGGCAGUGUUAGUGGAGCAGCAAGCCCAGGACGUCCUCACUUAACACAACGUAUCAAUCCUAUCAACACUCAUCACUCAUUCCACUAGUCUUUUUUUCCUUUGUGUUUACACUUUACAUUGCCAUUGAGGACUUUAAUUUCCACAGUAAAUAAUGUGAGCAUAUAUUUUCUAUUGGGUUCUGUGCAAUUUUAGCUUUGUGGUUUUUUUUUUUUUCUAGAUGCAUUCAAUUAAUAGAAUACCACUAUGUAUUUAUCAUUCCUGAAAAUGCAGUUAUAGUCCAGAUAAAGAAAUAUUUAUUCUAUAGUAAUUGUAGAUAAAAUACAGGUCAAGAAAAAUUCCUUCCAUACUCAUUCCAUAGAAAUAGCCUUGUGAAUUAAGGCACCGUAUAAAAUGUCAUUGUCAGGAAUUUCAGAUAUAAUAUUUCUUGAAGUACAAUAUAUCUGUUCUUGCUGUUUGACACGUUUCGAAUUACUGACAUAAAAUUUAAACCUGCAUAUGGAUACAUAAGUCAGAAGUCUUAUAUAUAUAUAUAUUCAAAGCUUGUCCAGGACAGGGUAAUAUUUCCAUUAAACAACUUGCUAGUUGGCCUUAGGUACUCCUCCUUGUGAAAAUGUAUUGUGUUGAAAUAUAAAUGCGGUGUUAAUAUAUUAUUGACAUAUCACAUAUCCCUACAUUGAUGUAGUGAUUGAAGUCAAACUGUAGUCCAUUGCUGUGCAAGUCAAGAAUAUUCUGCUGCUAACUGUAAAUAUCUCAAAUCACAUAUGACAGGGUUGAAGAAAAAAAAAAAUCAAUUAUAAAUUGAUCAAUUAAGCUGACCAGAAUUUAGACUACUGAUUUACUGAUGGGUGACAAAUUAAAGAUAAAAAUAAAAACAGCUCUUUUAUACAGUGCGGGGGGGGGGCAUUUAUUUAUUUUACUAUCCACAGGGCUCACUGAAUGCUAAAAUGAAGAUCAAAAUGAUGUACAUCAUAUGUCAUGGCCUUCACGCUCACCAGAUCUCAACCAAAAUUAACACCUGGGAGGUUUUGAAAGAACAGUGUUCAUUACUGUUCUGGUGAUUCAUUGUGGCCCAACACCUUACUAACACACUUCUUAAAUGUGUUCAUUUUCCUUUUAAUUUGUCACCUGCCUGUAAGUGUACGUAUAUGGCUGCAUAUUGUACGCCUCCUGCAUUAGUGACUAAAGUGAAACGUAUAACCUGAAUGUCUGUGUAUGUAUUUUUUAUUUCAGUUUACACUUAAUUUGGAACAAGGACACAAAUCAAUAUUCAGUUUCAUGGUUUUGUAAAUUAUGAAUUAGAAUGAUUACGAUUUCCGCGUUUAUCUAUAGUAGCAACAUGGUUGUAAGAUGAUGAUGAGGAUGGUGGUGGUGGUGGUGGUCUGCCAGUCAGAAGUAACUAAUCCAAGUUAUUAAAUCAUCGAACUGUGUUUUGCAUUUUUGGAUUAAUGGUACAACAACUUUAGAUUAAUACCUACAUAAUUAUUAAAUGUCGGUGUACAGUGAAAUCCAAAAUAUUUGACGCCUUUUAUGAGAAUGUGAGGAAAAGUAAUGUACAAAAUAAGCAUUACACAAUAUGAAUCAAAUUUUUCACUUAAGGAAUUUGUGAAAUUAAAUGCCUUUCCACUGAUGAAAAUCAUUAUUAAAAGAAAUUAUUUGAAAUUGUAAAAUUUUAGAUAAGAAAACAUUACCUUAAAAACAAAUUGCUCUUAUUUAGCAGCCAGAAAUCAUUGUAUUUGAACAACCUCGUUGCGCCUUUUACUCAAAUAUGAGGUUGCAUACAUGUAAAAUUUCAUUUUCUUUAUUUUAUCCAGGGAAGACGUCAUUAAAUGUUAGUUGAGUGGCUGCCAAUAAUUUUGAAACCAGUGUAAAAUGGAUUUUACAUUUGUACACCCUCAUAUUUGGUCAAAAGAUGCAAAAAAUUCAAACACAAAAGUACUUUCUGGCUAGCAGAAAGAGCCAUUUAUAUUUAUAUAAGUUUUUUUUUCUUGCAAGAAUGACAAUACGUUAGCAUUCAUUUGGAAUUAAUUUGACAUAUUGUGUGAAAAUAAAACAUCAUCUCUGUUUUUAAGCUCAAAA